AUGGCACCAAGAAAAGGCAACACUUCCGAAGACGAUUCUGUAUCUCUGUCAGUUGUCAAAGAACUACUAGAACUACAAGAGAGGAACUUCAAAUCAUUCCUGGACACGAUUAUGGAGUCAACACACAAGAGAAUGGACAACAUUAUACGGGAAGUUCAAGAGAUUAAGGACAGCCUUCACUUCUCACAAAAGGAAAUCGACGACAACAAACUCAACCUAUAUCGACAUGUACAAAAGGUAGAGGACAUAGAAACAGAAAUAACCCUACUCAAGAAAGACAUCACCGCAAACGACACCAAAGUUGACAACCUUGAAAAUCAAUCGCGAAGAAAUAAUAUAUUGAUUGACGUAGUCCCUGACACCAAGGACGAGACUUGGGACCAGUGUGAGCAGAAAGUAAGGGAUCUACUCAAGGAAAAACUGAAGCUAGAUCCCAAACAGAUAGAAAUAGAAAGAGCGCACAGGAACGGACGUUUUCAGGACGGAGGACGACCGCGCCCAAUCGUAGCGAAACUGCUAAGAUUCAAGGACAAGGACACAAUCAUCAAACGAGCAAAGUAUCUGAAAGGAAGCACUAUCUACAUGAGCGAGGAUUUUUCCGAGAAGGUGAGACAGAAGAGGAAGGAACUGAUCCCGGAAAUGAAAGCUGCACGUGAACGUGGAAACAUCGCGUACCUGAAAUUUGACAUACUUAUUGUCCACCCACCUGGAGAGGGAGGAGCUGAUCGCAGGCGCACUAGAGCCGACUCCAGACACUGA